AUCGUGCACGUAUUUAUUUAAGUUACGAUUUGCUCGUUUCUUUUUUAUAUCAUUUUGCAUGUAAAAUGUUAGAAAAGCAAAAGGAAAAGAGAGGAUAUAUCUUUAAGAUGGAACUCAAAUGUGCAAUUCAGACGUACGAUUGGGGAAAACAUGGUAUGGACAGUAUUGUUGCAACUUUGAUGAAAUCAGCUAAUGCUGAUUAUGUAGUGGAUGAGAAAAAGGCUUAUGCAGAACUAUGGAUGGUUCACGAGAAUGGUCCAUCGUAUCUCAAAGACACAAAUGUCUCCUUGCCAUAUAUUCAAGAGAAUACUGGUUUAGGUAGAGAUACAAUACAAAUGUUUGGCCCUAACUUGCCUUUUCUCUUUAAGGUCUUGUCUAUAAAUAAAGCUUUGUCUAUUCAAGUGCAUCCAAAUAAGGAGAAGGCAAAAGAACUGCAUGAAUUGUAUCCGAAUAUUAAAGAUCCGAAUCAUAAACCGGAAUUAGCGAUAGCUCUGACCCCUUUUGAAGCACUUUGUGGAUUCCGUCCAAUUAAUGAAAUAAAUGAUUAUCUAAAUAAUAUACCGGAGUUACUUUCUGUGAUAGGAGAAACCAAUGUUCGUCGUUUAUCUCAAGCAACCGAUUCUAUGAUGGGUGAUGCUUUGCAACUUUUCUACAGUCUCAUGACCUGUGAUUCCAAUGUGGCACGACAAUUGAAAAACUUGAUAGACAGAUUACACAAUACAGAUGAUUCUUAUAGGCUGGAUAAAGCCAAUUUAUUAAAGCGCCUAUAUGCAGAUUAUCCUGGAGAUGUAGGGUGUUUUGCGAUAUAUCUGUUCAAUUAUGUAACAAUGCAGCCAGGCGAAUCCAUGUAUAUUGGACCAAACAUACCUCAUGCAUAUCUUUCAGGCGAUUGCAUAGAGUGUAUGGCAUGUUCAGACAAUGUGAUAAGAGCUGGACUUACACCAAAGCCGAAAAAUGUGCCAAUUUUAAUAGAAAUAAUGUCGUUCGAAUGUAAGUCAGCUUCUGCCAACAAGAUUCAACCAUUCCGAGAAGAUGUGUUCACCGAGGUUUUUCGUCCACCAGUCUCAGAGUUUGCAGUAGCAAAGAUUACUCUACCACCUGGACGACCAUCUCACAAUUUAAAAUCGAGGAGCUCGGCCAGUAUUCUGCUAAUAGUAAGCGGUAAAGCAGAAAUAUCUUCCAAGAUCUUUUCUCGCGGUUCUGUUCUGUUCAUCCCUGCCAAUGAAGCAGUGGAGAUUAAAGUUUUAUGUGGCUGUCAUCCCAUGUUGAUGUUUCAAGCAUUUCCAAAUCUUUAAAGAUGCAAAAAUCGACCAAAAAAUUUCUUAUAAUGUUCUAAGGUACAAAAUAUGCUUGAUUUUUAUCUUCUGAAGCAAUUAACUAUCCAUCAAAUGACUUUUGGGACUUAAGGGAGACAUUUUUCUAAUUAUUAUGUAAAUGUACAUAAUUUUCUUUUAAGCAUGAAUUG